GUUUCCGGUGACGGUGCUGUUUCCGGUGAAGAGGCAGAGCUGUAAUAGUGAGACUGACAUGGUGUUACUGGAGAGUGACUCGUUUCUGACUGAGCUGACCCGGCUUUUCCAGAAAUGUCGAACCUCUGGAAGUAUUUACCUCACCAUGAAGAAAUAUGAUGGUAGGACAAAGCCAGUUCCACGGAAGGGAAACCCCGAUACCUUUGAUCCUGCUGACAAUAAGUGUCUACUGAGGGCAACUGACGGGAAGAAGAAGAUCAGCACAGUGAUUAGCUCCAAGGAGGUGAACAGGUUCCAGAUGGCAUAUUCAAAUCUGCUACGGGCACACAUGGACGGCUUGAAGAAGAAAGACAAAAAGAGCAAGAGCAAGAAGACCAAGGCCACGCAAUGACUGUGCUGUUGGCAUGGCGAUUGGUGGGGGCGGGGGGGCUAGCUUCCUGCUCCUGAGGCAGCGGAGGAGUUGUUGUCUUUUCCUGUAACUGUUAUCAGAUCCUUGAGCUGCACUUGACUUCAGCUUCUUGCCAGUUUUUUUUAUAAGCUUAAAUCACACGGAGAUGUGGAGGAUUUGGGCAAGGGGUGUGUGGAGGAGGAACUUGUUUCCGUGGGGAACUUAAUGGAAACGCACUAUGUCCAGAGGUGUGACCGAUGGCUAUACCCCCAAAGCAAAGUUUUUUUUUCUGCAGCUAUUCAUGGUUAUGAAGACAUUUAUUAAGUAUUGCAGGAGAUGGGGGUGGCGGGGGGGCGGUAUCAGAGCUCCAUUUGCUCCUCCACUUUUCGUAGGAUUUUGCCUCUGUUAGUACAUCAUGGGGAAAGUGACCUCUCUCUCCAGACAAAAGUUUUGUUCAAUUCUUGAUCCUUUCAAAACGUUGUGCCUGAGAGUACCUGUGAUCUCCAUGGAUUUCAGGUGUUAAUUUUCCUGGUUACAAUUGCUAAUUUUGUGCCUGAGCCCCCAGCCCCCACUCACCUUGAGGCUCUUUACAAUCCUGGAUGCUACAACAGAAGCCGAGAUGUACUCUAAUGCUCACUAAUGAGAUCGAACCCUUUGUGGAAUGGAUUGCAGAGGGCGACACUGCCCUCAACUUCUAGACAAGACCCUUGUCUUCCCCUGCCCUGUCCCUCACAGAAAAAACAGGUAUUCCAUCUAACACGUUAGCAGAAAUCAGCCAGAUGGAAACAUAGUCUCUGGUCAAAUAUACAAAACGGGCAACAAGCUUUUAUCUCUUACCAAUUAGAGUUUGGACCUCCCGUGAUGGUUUAGUCCCCCAGUGUGUGGAUGAGUUUUGAGUGAAAAAUCACUACAUUGGGACUGCAAGCGGUUUUCACAAUGGAGAACAAUUUUGUUUUCUGACAAGGUUAUAUAUUGAAUGGUACAGAGCUGUAUAUUAACUACAAUAAAUUACAUGAAAAGGC